UGAUGCAAAAUGAAGAAGAAGACGAGAAAGGUCUAUUACGUGCACAACUUCGAGUGCUGUGGCUUACAUGCAACACGGUUCUUACCAUCUUCUGCGUGAUCACAGCAUUUUGUGGAAAAGUCAAAAAGCCUGGCUACAACGAAUUUUUUUUUCUUAUUCUGGCAUCAGUGACUGAGGAGAGCGAGAGAAAAUAAAAAGCGGCGGGGCUUUCCUAGUGCGGCAACCUAGUUCGGGAACCUUCAGUAUAAGGGUCGCGGAUUUCAGCUUCUAGGAUUCCGUGAGAACCAUGUGAGACGAUGGGAUCUUACGCCAGGAUCAUUGCAGGGCGCUUGCUUCAUGUGGAGAUGGUGUUUGUGGGACUGUUGCUUCGACUUGCAGUAUUUCUUUCGGUUUUCCCUGGCGCAUAUGUCGAUGGAGCAACCCGUGAAUUUGGGGAUGGUAGACCUCUACCGCUCUCUGCGUGCGAAUGGCACCAAGGGACCCUGCUUACAAACACUUCUACAGGGCCUGUCGAAUCUAUUGAAGACUGCAGAUUCGUAGUUCGCGAUCCAGAGUUUUUGGAUAUCCUGGGCUCGUCACCGAAGCUUGUUGAGCUUGUAAAGACGGACGCUCACGAGGGUGGUGCAUGGUACCCCGACAAAGACGAAUUCUAUUUCUCAUCUAACAAGUUGACAAGUUCCACUGGCCAGAUAAAAACAGAUCUCAAGAAGGUGAAUCUGAGGACAAGAAACGUGACAAACUUGAGCGCGCCGGAAAACAAUACUCCGAACGGAAUGGUGCUUGACAACGAUGGUAAUCUGGUGGUAUGCCAGCAGGGGUCGUUGAACCAGGGAGGUUUCAUUCAACGGAUCAACCUGAAGACAAUGAAGAAUACGGUUGUAGCAGACAACUGGUUCGGGGUGCCGUUCAACAGUCCGAACGAUGCUGUUGUGAAGCGAGACGGGUCCAUUUGGUUCACGGAUCCCAGCUAUGGCAGCGUGCAGGGAUUCCGAAGCACGCCCAAGGUGAAUAACCAGGUUUACAGGAUUAGCAACAUCGGCGUGGUGGAUGCAGUUGCGGAUGGUUUUACACAGCCCAACGGACUGGCGUUCUCCCACGACGAGAAGCAUCUCUAUGUCACCGACACCGGAUUUGCUGUCGGAGUUCAGGGGAAGUAUGAUGCGACGAAGCCUCACUCAAUCACCGUCUUCGAUGUGGGUGUAGAUGGGUUUCUGACCAAUCGGCGCCUGUUUGCCUCCGUUGGGGUUUAUGAUGGAAGUUACCCCGGACUUGGUGUCCCAGAUGGUAUCAAGGUCGACACUCAGGAGCGUGUUUAUGUCAGCACUGUGGAUGGGGUUCAAGUGUUUAAUCAGUUGGGGAAGCCACUGGGUCUAAUCCGGCAACCUAGUGUAUCAAACAUGGGAUUUGCUGGAAGGAACCUCGACACUUUAUACAUUCUCAACGACACAACGAUCUCCUAUGUCCAGCUGCAGGUUAGAGCUGCGGGACUCAAAUACGCAGGAUCAUCGCAUUGACACUUCAUCAGUCAGGAGAAAGUUUUUCUUCUCGAUAGCUUGAAUUGUAGCUGUAGGAUAUAAGCUAUUUUAUUCAAUGCUGUCUAUGGAGGUCAAAUGCGCUUGAAGUGCACACUUAAUGAGAAUCUACCCCAUUGCUCUA